AUGGUUAAAAUUGCUCUCAUUGGCGCUGCCGGCCAAAUUGGGACUCCACUGAGUCUUCUCUGCAAGGCUAGCGAUCUCUUUGAUGAGAUAUCGCUAUAUGAUAUCGUGCAUGUUCCAGGCAUCGCGACUGAUUUGAUGCACAUCGACACCAGAGCCAAUGUUACCGGUUUUCUUCCUCAGAAUGGCGGUCUCAGAAAAGCCCUCAAUGGUGCAGACAUUAUUGUCGUAACCGCUGGUAUUGCCCGAAAGCCUGGAAUGACGAGAGAUGAGGCUGACGAUAGACUCCUAGAUCUGUUCAAGACCAACGCAAGCAUUAUUCACGACAUCUUCAUCGAAGUCGCCGCAACUUGCCCCAAUGCAAUCUCUUGUGUGGUGACCAAUCCUGUUAACUCGACUGUCCCCGUUGCGGCGGAGGCUUUGAAAAAAGCUGGUGUUUUUGACCCCACCCGCCUCUUUGGAGUUACAACUCUCGAUGUUGUGCGUGCAUCAACAUUUGUGGCGCAAGCCCUUGGUGGUAAUGCCGAGCCCAAGCAAUUCAAGGUCCCAGUGAUCGGCGGUCAUAGCGGAGCCACCAUUCUACCCCUUUAUAGCCAGGCCCAGCCUGCUGUCAACCUCAACGAGGAACAACUGGCACCUGUCAUUCAUCGUGUGCAAUUUGGCGGCGAUGAGAUUGUGAAGAGCAAGCAGGGAGCUGGCAGUGCCACAACCUGUAUGGCGUAUGCCGGAUUCCGCUUCAUUAAAGCAAUUUUGUCUGCUUGGAAUGGAAACCCAGUGACAGAGGAGGCAUAUGUGUACCUGCCGGGUAUUUCUGGCGGCGAAGCAAUCGCCUCGCAACUUGGCGUUGACUACUUUGCUGUCAAGAUUGUACUGGGUAAAACGGGGGCUACUAAGGUGCUCCCCAUUGGUGAUUUGUCUGAGAAUGAGAUGAAGCUAUUGGAGAUUGCUCUGGGUGAGCUGAAGACAAACAUCUCAACAGGCGUUUCUUUUACGUCUGUCUGA